AGUUUUGCUGACUCGUCCUUCGCCAUUUUCUUCACGCUAUAAAAGCUACAAGACAACACCACCACAACAACACCCUCUCUCUCUCUCUCUCUCUCUCUCUCUCUCUCUCUCUCUCUCUCUCGAUUACACUCUUCACUCCACGUCCAAGUCGCGGCCAUUCUGUAAUAACGAAAGAACCCUUCAAGUAUUUUGGUCGGAAGCACUUAGGGUUCUAAGCAGAAUACAAUGAUGGGCAUGUUUUCUUCGACCUCCUACCAAGAAAACCCUUCCUUCUCCAUGUUCUUCCCGUCCGAAAACGACGACGUAUUCGACCACAAGGACGACCCCUACUCUUCUGUUGAUUGCACUCUCUCCCUUGGAACGCCCUCCACUCGUCUAAUCACCGAAGAAGAUCAUCAUAAGCGCCGAUUCAGCUCCUCUUCUACGCCUGCCUUUGGGCCGGAUCUGCUGCACGGUCGCAACAGUAAAACGGCGUCGCAUAUGCCUCAACAUUCUCACAGAAGUAACGGCCGCGGCGGCGAUCCGGGCCUCGCCCGCCGGUGUGCUAACUGCGACACCACAACCACUCCUCUCUGGAGGAACGGUCCAAGAGGCCCCAAGUCAUUAUGUAAUGCGUGUGGAAUCCGGUUCAAGAAGGAAGAGAGGCGUGCGACGGCGGGAAAAGCGACCUCCGGCGGAGUGUCAUCGGAGGCGGCGGCGGCGGUGGGAGGAGUUCCGAUGUCGGACCAUCAAAUGUACAACACAGGUUCAAAUUAUAACUACAAUCAAUACUACGAUUCAUCAUCAUCAUCGUCCACGUGGCACCACCAUGCGACGCAGGGAGUUCCCUGCAGCUAUUACUCGCCGGCGGCGAACGAUCACAUCUUCGUCGAGGACAUCAGAGACUGUGAUUCCGACGCCACCGCAGCGGCUUCUUUUCUCCCCUGGAGACUUGACGUCGCCGAUCAGCUUUACUAGUCAAGAUUGAUGGGAUGUCGAAACGACGUCGGUUCGAAUUUCGCCGGUCUUCUGCCUGGUCAAACCCUUUAUUUUCCCCUUUCUUUUAUAUAUUUAAUUAUAUUAUUUAGUUUGUUUUUCUUUCAUGUUUUUUUAUUUUUGCAUCCACUUCGGUUAUCUUUUCAGAGCUUUUUGAAAGUUGGAUUAAUGAUACGUACCAUAUAUAGCCUUUUUCAUGAUGUCUGCACUUCUAAUUUGACCAUGUUCUAAGUUUUUGGAGCCUAAGUUUUU